CCGCACGAUGAAAAUUCACGGCCAUCAAAUAGCCCGUCCGGUGAGGAGGUCCCUCUGCUAGCAGCGAACGGACGAAAAGUUCCACAUAAGGUCGUGUGUGCUUCGAUUAUGAUGCUGGUCAUCCUUGCUCUACUCAUUUCAACCGUUACCUUCGCUGCUCUCUACUAUCAACUCCUUGCUAAGGAUUCAGCCCGCCUUCCCAAAUGGCCAAAACCAUCGAUCAGUCCUCUUGGCAAGUACUCACGGGCUGCCGUCGCAGCGGAUAACGAGUACUGCUCCGAGAUCGGAAGGAAUGUGCUACUCCACGGUGGUAAUGCUGUCGAUGCGGCCGUCGCUGCACUGUUCUGCAUCGGAGUGAUGGACAGCCACUCGGCAGGUCUUGGAGGAGGACACUUCAUGACUAUCUACAACGCGACCACGCAGCAGUGCACUGUAAUGAUGAAGGGAAGUCGCUCAAAGCUGCCACGUGAAGACAUGUUUAGAGAUCGAAUGGAAUGA